UUUACUCUCUCAGUAAAUUUUUUAAAAUCAAGUUGUUUUCGGAUAUCUUGACCGUGGUCCUCCCCUACUUUUUCCUAUGACCUGUUCCACUUUGUUUUUGAAGGUUUUGGAAGACUGCCCUGGUGAUCUUAGUUUCUGGUAUUGUCACAUUUCUAAAGGUGCAUGGCCUUUCUCAACUAGAGAUCAUGGAUGGCCCAUAUCAGAUUGCACUGCAGAAGGUUUAAAGGCUUCACUCUUGUUGUCGCAGAUUCCAUCAAAAACUGUUGGUGAACCAAUUGAUGCAAACAGAUUGUACGACGCAGUGAAUGUCAUUCUUUCACUACAGGAAUUCGGAUGCCAAGAAGACAUGAUGUUCUGUGGUGUGUUUGAUGGCCAUGGCCCUUGGGGACACUAUGUAGCAAAAAGGGUCAGAGAAUCGCUGCCAUCAUCUCUGCUUUGCAAUUGGCAGGAGACUCUUGCUAUGAGCUCAAUUACAUCAGAAUUCCUUUUGGAAUCUGAUAAAAUGCUUAAUCGAUUUGACAUUUGGAAGGAAUCCUAUUUGAGAACUUAUUGAAAUGAGUGAUUCACUUGGGCAAAUGAAUCAUAACCUUGAAGGUUUGAAGAGUGAUCUGAAUGAAGUUACUAAGGGAAGGGAUUGCCUUGAUUCUGAGGUACUUGUCUUGAAAGAGCAGCUAGAAAUGGCACAAGCUGUUGCUAAAGAAAAUGAAGCAAUUGCUACAGAAUCUCUUGCU